AAUUGUAAUCUCGUGUAGUGUCAAUCAAGAAAAAUUCAAUCUAGUCUGUAAAAUUAAUGUUUCUCAUACAUGUAUAUUAAGCGUAAACGUAUAAAGGAAAACAUUAAUAAAACUAUGUCAUGUGUCAGUUUUGUUAAAUUAGAAGCAUCCAAUCAAGAGGCAAUGGCUAGAAACAUUAAUGAAUAUUCAUAGAAUGAGAUUCCAUUCAAUUAUCAGUUAGUCUAUUUAUUUUAAAUAGGGUGCAAAAGUGUAUCUUUUCAAGUUCAACCGAGACGUAUUCCCCAGUACGAGAGAAUUCUUGUUAGACUUAUUACAGUUGAGAAAUAUAAACUGUAACAACUUGACAAAGUUCAUUGGGUUGACUGAGGGUCCAUCGGGUCUCUACGCCAUGAAUGAAUACUGUACCCGUGGUGAUCUAAGGGAUAUCCUUGGCAAUGAAUCUUUCACUCUAAACUGGGAUGUCAGGGCUUCUUUAACGUGUGACGUCAUUCAGGCAAUGGACUACAUCCAUGGUUCCAACUUAAAAUACCACGGCCAUCUAACCAGCUUGAAUUGUGUCAUCGACAGUCGUUUUGUAUUAAAAGUUACUGAGUUUGGAAUACAGUCUCUGCGAGAUUUCGAUAUAGAUGUCACCAAUAAAGAUUCUCUCUGGGUGGCCCCUGAAUUACUGCGUAAACAGACACCCGUGAGCGAUGUUUUGGAAAUGCAGAAUGCUGAUGUUUACAGCUUCGGGAUAAUUCUGUAUGAAAUUUUGUCACGUAAGGAACCGUUUGAGGACGACAAAGAAUUUCUGUCUUUGGAAGAAAUAAUAAGAAAACUUACGGAGAUUGACGAAACUCCAUUUCGGCCUCGGUUAGAUGUUGCAGAUGUUGACAAAGAUAUGGUUAAUUUAAUGAAGUCUUGCUGGAACGAAAAUCCUAAAACCAGACCAUCCUUUUCUACCAUCAAAAAGGAAGCCUCACGAUUAGACUGGGAUAAAACGGGCGAUAAGUUCUUGGAUAAUCUCCUCUCUCGGAUGGAAGAAUAUGCUAAUAAUCUCGAAGACUUGGUAGAUGAGAGAACGCAGGCAUUUUUGGAGGAGAAAAAGAGAUCAGAGGAACUACUUUACCAAGUCCUUCCAAGGUCUGUGGCUGAUGAACUACGGAACGGUCGAAUGGUGGAUCCAGAGGCGUUUGGUUGUGUCACAAUAUACUUCAGUGACAUUGUAGGAUUUACAUCCAUCUCUUCUGAAAGUACCCCUAUGCAGGUGGUGGACCUACUGAAUGAUCUUUACACCUGUUUUGACAAGAUCAUUGACCAUUUCGACGUCUAUAAGGUAGAAACCAUUGGAGAUGCUUACAUGGUCGUGUCCGGUCUACCAGUACGGAACGGAGACCGACAUGUGGUAGAAAUUGCCAAAAUGUCGACUGCCAUAUUGGAUAAUGUCAAAAUAUUCAAGAUACGCCACAGACCAGACGUGAAGCUGCGUGCUCGAAUAGGGCUACAUUCAGGUCCUGUAUGUGCCGGUGUUGUGGGGCGAAAAAUGCCCCGAUAUUGUCUGUUUGGUGAUACAGUGAACACUGCCUCGCGGAUGGAGUCAAACGGAGAGGCAAUGAAAAUUCAUGUGAGUGAAUCAACCCGAAAUCUUCUUCUUGACAAUGAAGACUUUGACUUGGAACAGAGGGAAGAAAUAUCGGUGAAGGGAAAGGGUGUUAUGAAGACAUAUUGGUUGAAUUGCAGAGACGAGUUGCGUUUGAAUUAGUACUUUUUCUUGUCUUAAUUGUCUGUUUCAUCAGAAUUUUUAAACAAUAUUUAUCAAUGUGCUACAUUUGUAAUCCUUGAACUAAUUGUUACUGGAACAGUUGAAUUUCUGUAAUGACAUUUGUACUAGAAGACAGGAUUCUCUGUUGUUUAGUAUGAUAUUUGUACACCUGCUAUUUAGAUAAGUUUGAGGUUAUAUAGCAUCACAUAAUGGAUAUAAUGAUACGUAAUAUCAAUUUCACUAUCUAUAACAAUAAUUGGAAUUACAUUUUCAUAUACCAGGUACAUGUAAUGAAUUGUGGAAUUAUUACUCUCCAUUUUUUGACAUUAUACAUGAAAAAGUUGUAUCACUGCCUAGCUAAGAAAGCCCAUUGAGCUCAUUUUCGUAGAUGAAAAAAAAUGUUUUACGCGUUAUUACGCGGAACUUUUGCGAAUUAAAGUGAAAAUUUCGCUUUAUUCAACACGUAGCUUUCGCGAGUUAACACAAAACUUUCGCGUUAUUUAACGCAUAGCUUUCGCAAAUUAACACAAACUUUCGUGAAUUAACGCAAACCUUUCGCGUUAUAACGCUUAGCUUUCGCGAUUUUACGCGUAACUUUUGCAAAUAAACGCGUAACCUUUGCGUUAUAACGCGAAACUUUCGCAAAUUAAAGCAAACCUUUUAAGUUAUAAAGCGUAACACGAAUUUAUGAAUUGAUUGCGCUCUAUGAUAAAAAAGUAGCAUGAAAUAAUUUGUUCAUUACAAUGCAAAAAACUAUAGACUUGUCCAGCUGUACUUUGUAAUUUUGUAUAUGCAUAUCUCUUAAUAUAAUUUGACUGCUUUAAGAUCAUUUUAUUGACCUUUUAUUCUAUUGUACAUAUUUUGUGUUAUUAAUUGUCAAAUAGGAGAGGUAUUUCAAGACAAUGAAUAAUGUUAAAACCACAAAAUUACAAUAUAUAAAAGUUACAAAGGUUCCUGUGAGAAUUCCAUGGGGUUUUCCAAAAGGUGACAGCCAAGGGACAUAACAUUUGAAGAGUGUGGAUUCAUCUUUUAUUGGAAGAAAUUAGGUCACCAAAUGCUUUCUAGAGACAUUAUUGGGUUUUUUUUUUAGGAUAUCAAAUGAAUCAAAAGCAAAUAUAGAUUCAGAGAUUUAGUGGUUGAUAGUUCGUUGAAAUUCUGUGACAUUUUAAUGCUUGAUUUCAAUAAACAAAAUUGUAUACCCCCGUAUCAAAAGCUGUUGUUAGCUAAGCAACACUGGUAUUAAUCAAUUACAAAUAUGAAUUUUACUUUGCAUUCAUAAAACUUUAAUAGCAUUUGUAUCAAAAAUUCUGAAAUGUGCGUGUGUAAAAUGUAGGCGUGUGUAUAAAGUUCUUUAUUUCAAGGUUACUUAUACAUGUAAAUGCAUAAACGUCAGUCUUUGUUCAUUGUACUAAUCACGGAUUCCUAUCUUACCUUACUGUAUUCAUAUAGAAUGUUUCACGUUAUAACGCGUAAGUUACGCUUUUAUUCGCAAAAGUUUCAUGUUAAUUCCUGAAAGUUAGGCGUUAUAACGCGAAAAUUUCGCGUUAUAGCGCGAAAGUUACACGUUAUAACUUGAAAGUUACGCGUUUUUUUGCAAAAGUUUCGCGUUAAUUCGCGAAAGUUGCGCGUUAAAACGCUAACUUUUUGCGUUAAUUCGCGAAAGUUGUGCGUCAGAACGCGAAAGUUUCGCGUUAUAACACAAAACUUCUUUUUAUUCAGCUACGAAAAUGAGCUUAAUGGGCGUUCGUACCUGGCUAAUAUAAAAACAGACAAAAUGAAUUAAAAUAUUGUCCAAAUCUUAUUGUGGGAACCGUUUCAAAAUAUAAGUUUUUUCUUAUAGGAGGUACACUAUGGGAACUACCCGUUUUCAAUUCAUUAGACUUUCUCCAUUUCGUUAAUUUUUAUAAUUCUGUAAUACCUUUUAUCAAAUUUUAGUAUAUCAGAUGAGCGACUGUGCUUUAACUUGUGUGAUAAAAGCAUAGCACGCAUUUACUUUGAAUUCGAUUUAGAGCACUCCUAUUGUGUAGUCCUGUUUUUACGCGCCACCGGUCAAAUUGACCGUUACGGUAGAAUAAGGAUUAAAAAUUUAUAAUUUUGAAUCAUCAAUGAUAUCAGAAUAAGGGAAUUUGUUUUAAAAGCGUGAGAGGCCCGUGUGAAUUUCAACAUAUAAGUACGUGUGCACUACACAGAUAUUGAGAGUAUUUUUCUUGGUAUGGGUUUCAUUGCGUGGACCCUGAGGUCCACGCAGAAAAUAUAUAAGCAAGAUUAAACCAGAUGCUUCGGGGAAAGUCAGAUUGUGUAUACACAAGUGUACGGAGGCAAUCGGAACAUCGCUCAGCUUUUUCCGUCAAAUUGAGAAAAGCUUGACAGAAAAGGCCACUUUAUUGCAUAUCGAAGCUUGAUGAUGCGGCCUUACCUACACAUUGUACGACCUAAAAGGGGACGUGACCGUACUCAUGGGGAGAAAACUGUGCUUAUGUAACAAGAAUUAGCCAUGUUUCAUAACCAAGAUAAUUAUACAAAAAGUUCUUGAACAGUUUUAAGUGUUACAGUAUUAAU